AAAUUUGCUUGCGCCACUUGCAUCAAGGGACAUCGAUCGUCUCAUUGCACGCAUGCAGAUAGACCACUAUUCGAGAUAAAGAAGAAGGGCAGGCCCGUUACACAAUGCUCUCACUGUCGUGAUCUGCGUAGGAAUAGACAGGUUCAUGUCAAAUGCGUCUGU